UAAGGAGGGCGAGCGUUAGAUCAGUGAGGGAAAGACUAGCAGUUGGCUAGAACUUCCGUUCUAAAACAACCGAGUUUAUUUGAGAGUAUCAGUUUCAACGAGUUGGACGGAAACGACUACCAAAGGCUAAGGUUCCGCAGGGCCGGAAGGGAGGAGGGAAACUGUGGCGGCGGAGCGGAAGCGGCGGGGACCGACGGGAGGCGAUAGGCCGCGAGCGAGCGAGGGAGGAUGAACAACAAAUUUGACGCUUUAAAAGAUGACGACAGUGGAGAUCAUGACCAGAAUGAAGAGAACAGCACACAGAAAGAUGGUGAGAAGGAAAAAAAUGAUAAAGACAAGCCCCAGGGUAGCACCAAGAGAAAGGCUGUGGUUCCAGGGCCGGCUGAGCACCCCUUGCAGUAUAAUUACACCUUCUGGUACUCCAGACGGACACCCGGGAGGCCCACCAGCUCUCAGAGUUACGAACAGAACAUCAAACAAAUUGGCACCUUCGCCUCCGUGGAACAAUUUUGGAGGUUUUACAGUCACAUGGUCCGCCCUGGGGACCUGACAGGGCACAGUGACUUCCACCUUUUCAAAGAAGGAAUUAAACCCAUGUGGGAGGACGACGCUAACAAGAACGGUGGCAAAUGGAUCAUCCGCCUCCGGAAGGGCCUAGCGUCUCGGUGCUGGGAGAACUUGAUCCUGGCGAUGCUGGGAGAACAGUUCAUGGUGGGGGAAGAAAUCUGUGGGGCAGUUGUCUCUGUUCGUUUUCAGGAGGACAUCAUCUCCAUAUGGAACAAGACUGCAAGCGACCAGGCAACCACGGCCCGGAUACGGGACACUUUACGGCGAGUGCUUAACCUGCCCCCCAACACCAUCAUGGAAUACAAAACGCACACAGACAGCAUCAAGGCCUGGGAGGAGUUUCAUGGCCUGGUGAACAGCAGCGGUCGCUGAACAAACGCUCUCCCUCUCCCUCUCACACACCCAGGGGAUAACUCCAGCUUCCGAAAUACCAAGAUCACAUUGUGAGGAGGUGGGGGGCGGUGUGGUGGUCCAGCACCUCCUCCUCAGCCUGGCCCAGCAAAGGCGGGGGGCGCCUGUCUCCAUGCGUGCUCUGCAGCCUCUGCCUGCUGAGGAGGUUGCAGGACGGCCUGGGCUCUUGACCCCCUGCAGAUGCCACCAAAGACUGACCUUCUGGCCCCCAGGCCCCUUCGCUGGCUGAGUGGGUGGACGUCCUUGGCAUCCCUUCGCAGGGCUGGCGGGGGCCUCCUGCCUCGCCCCGUUUGGUUCGGAGGCUGCUCCUGCUAAGGGCCACCUUCUGGCCGGGUGGUUUCCAGUAUUACACAUGUCUCUGCGUCCUGCCGCAGAGCCAGCCUAAUAGAUGGCAAGUGCCCCACUUUCACUUCUGCCAAUAAACAAUUAGGCCUCUAUUCCCA